CAGACGAUUGAGGACGAGAUGUGGGCGGCGGUUUUGGGUGAUGAGGAAUGAUUUGAAGGGGGAGAGGAAACUUCCAGGUUUCUUCAAUAGGGUUCUCCGAUUUUGAGCAGUCGGUCAGGAGGAGAUUGGAAAGGGGCAUUUUUGGUCAUUUCACAUGGAGAGAGGUACUCAAAUCUAAUCCAGAGGCCAACGGAGGACGGACUGGAGGAGGGCUUCUUCUUCUUCUUCGAUCGACGCUGGACGCGAGGGAAUCAAAGAGAGCACCUGGGCGCACGGCUGACGGCGAACGGAGAGCCCUCGCAGUACAGUGACGCUUCGCAAACGGGAAGCUGAAUUCGGUUCUCUGCUCCCAAUCGAUUGGAUCUCUCCUAAUUUCCGCCGGCUGUAGGGUUUUUCCCGUACAGCCGGUUAUAGAAUAAAAUUUGCGGUAUAGUUCUGGAUUUCAGUGUUCUGAUUUUUCCUUCUAGCCAUGGAAUCCAAUGGAGUAGAAGCAUCACAAAUCCUCGGAGAACUCGAGUCACUUAAGGCAGACAAGCUACGAAUCGAGCGACGGAUCUCAGUUCUUGAAGAUCAACUUCGUCGGCUCAGCGCAAACGAUCAAACCAGCCUAAACUUCGUCGUCCGUGAUGCUCCAUUAUCUAAUGGAAGGUCAAGCUCCGGUCAUGGUUUGUCUCCUGAUGAUAUUCAUAGAUACAGUCGUCACUUGUUGCUUUCUUCAUUUGGCAUCAAAGGUCAGGCAAAUCUAUUGAAGUCUUCAAUUUUAGUUAUUGGGGCUGGAGGCUUAGGAUCACCUGCUCUGCUCUAUCUUGCAGCUUCUGGUGUUGGUCGAAUUGGCAUUGUCGAUCAUGAUGUUGUUGAGCUUAAUAAUCUACAAAGACAGAUGGUGUGUGCUGAAGUUGAAGAAGAUGGAGAGGCUGAAGUGCUACACGAGAGAAGCUGCACUGUGCUAGGUUGAAGAUGGAGAGGCAGAAGUACAAGUAAAAGAAAUCCUAUUUA